AUGGCAUACCCCCCUCCUCAGUCGCAGAGACCUCCCCCGGUGAGGAAUUAUGGCCCUCGUCCGGCAGCGCGGGGUCCCCCCGCUCAAGGUCAGAUGCCGGACGGGUCUUAUGAUCAGAGAUCCAAUAAUGAUUACGGUUACGGAGCCUAUGGCGACGGAGGCUACGACAACGCUGGUUACGGCUACCCGGAUGAACGCGCGGUUCCUAGGUCGCAUGGGCCCUCACGCGGCCAGCCGCGGCCCCCUCGUGGAGGCUACGGCUCUCCAAUGGAACAACCCCGCGAUCGAGGUUAUGCGCACAAUGGGCGACCACCACCGGGCUCCGAUAGUCGCCGUGGCUAUGGAGAUAGAAGACAACCUCCUCCCAGGGAGGACCGAAUGAGACCAUCCGGACGUCCUCCCAUGUCGGAUCAGAAUAGAAUGGCUUGGGAUAACCCAUUCCCCGCGUUUCCACCGCAAGGGCGCGGCGGCCCGGGCCUCCAAAGUAUCGAACACGGCAUGACAGCGAUGGACCUCAACGGGCAAAUGCCACCUGAAAGAGGGCCGCCACGUCCCCACACCUCAAAUGGCAGACGUGAAGUUCCGCGACCACCCCCUUCAACAUCCCCCGGUCGAGGGAGAGGCGGCUAUCCCGACGGCCCCGUGAGGUCGGCCAGCGCAGGACGCUCCGCAAGGCGACCAUCCGAUGCAUAUGAGCGAUCAUACACCGACCCUAAUGACCCCCCGCCGAUGCCUUAUAUCAACCGGAGUGCAACAAUGCCAGUCUCCUCAGCCUCGUCAAUGCCUCCCGCCGCCAAACCUUCCUAUCCCGGCCAGCCCACAUAUCAGGACCCCAACACUGCGAAUGAUUACAGCGACACAGAUGAACUGCUGAGCUAUUACAAUUCGGUGCAUGCGGACGAGCCCGAUAUGCCGAAUUUUGAUGCGAUUCCUGAUGGGGCGAAGGCCAUUGACGAGAAUCUACCAGGUCUGGAGCAACCGAAACCAAAACCAAACCCACCUAUGGAUCCUGCCUCUUCAUCAUCUGGCCAAUACGCAGCGUUCAAUUCGAAUCCUGCUCAUGCUAUCUACCAUACUCAGUCCCAGCCCAACAUGGGUGCGGCUACUGCAGCAAAUCAAUUUGAAAAUGCCGGAUUUCACUUUGAUUUGCCUGGCAACGCGCCGCCUGCUUCGGUACACGGACGAGGUAGUAUGGAUCGCACGUACAGCGGACCAGCAGAUCCUUAUGGGGAAUCCAUGCAGAAUCAGUAUCCCCAGCGGCAGGGAAGUCGAGGCCCUAAUGGUUCCGGCUACAGCAAUGGCCCUCCCCGACCAUAUCGGGCAAACCAACCUGAGUAUGCAAAUGAGCAGCCACAACCGAUCGACGAAAUGGAGGCCCACGACCCUCAACAGAACCCCGACGCACUGCCCCAUCAUCCUGCGCCGUUCCGGCCAGGCCUUGACCAAGGAGCCAAACCUCCACCUGUGCGGCAAUACGACAACAACCCAAUUCCACCGACAUCCUCGACGCCUCAGGCUCAACCCAUCGUUCAGCAAGAAACCGGGCCUGCGCCUAUAACUCUCGAUGAGCUCGAGCGGCUGCAGCAACUGGUGAGGAACAAAACAGCGGAUCAGAAAACCCAGCUCUUGUUUGCUCAGAAACUCGUCGAGGCCUCGACAGUGCUGGUGGAUAAAAGCAGGAUGGAUGCGAAGAUGAAGGCCAGAACUAGGGAGAGAUACAUCAUGGAUGCCUUGAAGCUUGUCAAGAAGCUCGUCUCCGCUGGAUUUGCCGACGCGCAGUUUUACCUCGCGGACUGUUACGGCCAGGGCUUGUUGGGUCUGCAGGUGGACCCCAAGGAAGCUUUCACUCUGUAUCAUUCCGCCGCAAAGCAAGGUCAUGCGCAAUCUGCUUAUCGAGUCGCGGUAUGCUGCGAGAUCGGUCAAGAGGAAGGCGGUGGAACGAAACGGGAUCCCUUCAAGGCAGUACAAUGGUAUAAGCGCGCUGCUUCUCUGGGCGAUACCCCCGCCAUGUACAAGAUGGGAAUGAUUCUUGUCAAGGGCCUUCUGGGCCAGGCUAAAAACCCCCGGGAGGGUAUCUCAUGGCUGAAGCGUGCCGCAGAGCGCGCUGACCCGGAGAACCCGCACGCUCUGCAUGAGCUUGCGCUCAUGUAUGCGAACGCUACCGAGAAUGACGUGGUCAUCCGGGACGAGGCGUAUGCCAGCCAGCUGUUCCAUCAGGCCGCAGAGCUGGGAUACAAGUUUUCUCAAUUCCGACUCGGCGCGGCUUAUGAGUAUGGCCUGAUGGGAUGCCCCGUGGACCCUCAGCAGAGCAUCUUCUGGUACACGCACGCAGCUGCUCAGGGCGAACACCAGAGUGAGCUUUCGCUCAGUGGAUGGUAUCUCACAGGCUUGGAAGGUAUCCUCCAGCAGAGCGACACGGAAGCCUACCUGUGGGCGCGGAAAGCCGCCACCGCCGGUUUGGCCAAGGCGGAGUACGCCAUGGGGUAUUUCACCGAGGUCGGUAUUGGAGUCGCCGCCAAUCUUGAUGAUGCCAAAAGAUGGUACUGGCGCGCAGCCGCCCAAGGAUUCCCCAAGGCCCGUGAGCGUCUCGAAGAUAUUAAGAAAGGAGGCGCAAGCAUGCAGAAGACUCGUCUAUCCCGAUCCGCUGUCAACCGACAAAACCAGAAUGAUGGCGAUUGUGUGGUCAUGUAA